UUAUCCUCUUGUUAUGAAAGUUCUCGAAGAUAUUUUGAACAUCUUAAAGUUCAUGUCCCCAAGUAAUAGUGACAAGAAAUUGGUUGGAGUAGAACGAAUAAUUCGCGAAAUUGGAUCUUUAUUGAAAAUUUGGCGGGGAAAUGUUAUUAGUGUAGGAAUAUGGGGAAUGUCUGGUAUAGGCAAGACAACUAUUGCAAAAAGUGUAUUCAACAAAUUCAGGGGACGGUUUGAAGGUUCAUACUUUGCUGAAAAUAUUAGGAAAAAAAUCAGCAAGUCCUUAUGGACUAUGUCCAAUGCGACAAGAACUUUUUUCUACUAUAUUGAAGCAUCCUAUCAGCUUCACAAAAGGAAGGCUUAGUCAUAAAAGAGUUUUCAUUGUUUUUGAUGAUGUGACUACUAUAGAGCAAGUAGAAUCUUUAAUUGAUGAUAUUGAACAGCUGGGUUCAGGAAGUCGAAUUAUUAUAACAACAACAAACAAACAAGUGCUUCGAAAUUGUGGAGUGGAUGACAUUAAUAUAUACGAGAUGAAGGGGCUAUUUGGGAAUGAUGCUCUUCAACUUUUUAGUUGGUACGCUUUUCGACAAAAUCGUCCCAAUAUAGAUUAUGAUGACUUGUCAAAUAGGGUAGUAAAAUAUACCAGAGGUGUUCCAUUAGCUAUUAAAGUGUUAGGUUGUUACUUUCUUGGCAAGUCAAAACAAGUUUGGGAAAGUGCAUUAAAAAAGUUCGAAAGAAUUCUUCAUGAGGAUAUUUACAAGGUGUUGAAAAUAAGUUAUGACGGACUAAAUGAUGUUGAGCAGUGCAUAUUUCUAGAUAUUGCAUGUUUCCUUGAGGGGGAGACUAAAGAUUUUGUGUUAAACUCUUCGGAUGCUGAUGACGGGGAGGUUGAAAUUGCAUUAAUUGAUCUCGCUGAUAAGUGUCUCAUAACUAUAUCAGAGGAUAACAAGAUAAUGGUGCAUGGUUUGCUUCAAGAAAUGGGUUGGGAAAUAGACAGACAAGAAUCUACGGGAGAUCCUGGUAAACGUAGCCGUUUAUGGUAUCAUGAAGAUAUCUAUAAAGUUUUGGAAGAAAAUAAGAUAUCUAAUGCAAUAGAAGGCAUAUGUUUAGACAUGUCUAAAGGAAGAGAGAUCAUUUACUUACAACCUAAGGCUUUAGCAAAGAUGGAUCGACUUAGAUUCUUUAAACUACAUAAUGCGCACGAUGAAGAGAAUAAUAUCAAUAAGGUCCAUGUUUCCGACGAGCUUCGUUAUGGUUGGACUAAGCUACGGUACUUAUGUUGGCAUGGAUUUCCAUUAGAAUCAUUGCAGAUAAAUCUUUGGAAGAACCUUGUUGCGCUUGACAUGCCUCAUAGCAAUAUUGAACAACUUUGGUCUAGUGCCCAGCUUCAUAAAUUGAAACAUAUUGAUCUCAGUUUCUCUAAAUAUCUAAGAAUUCAAGAUCUCUCGUUGGCCCCAAAUCUUGAAAAUUUGAUUUUAGAGAGUUGUACAAGUUUGUGUGAGAUUACCUCAUCCAUUGAUGGUCUCAAUUAUAAGCUCCUUAUCAUAAAUCUAAGGCAUUGUAAAAGCCUUGGUAGUCUUCCGACAGACAUUCGUCUAGAAUCUCUCGAAAAAGUAAUCUUUUCUGGCUGUUCAAAUCUGAAGAAGUUUCCACAAAUCUCCUGGAAUAUGAAAGAAUUAUAUUUAGAUGAAACUGCAAUAGAGAAGUUGCCGUCGUCAAUAGAGAAUUUAUCCAGACUAGUUAAAUUGAAUCUCAAAGACUGCUUAAUGCUUGAGAGGGUUCCAAGCAAUAUCUGCAAGUUAAGAUCUCUUGAACAUCUCAAUCUCUCAGGGUGUUCAAAACUUGAAGGUUUGCUUGAUAACUUAAGAAAUUUAACAGCUUUGAGGGUGCUUAAAGCGGAGAGGGUUGCUACAAGAGAAGUACCAACAUCCAUUCCAUGUUUGCACCGUCUAGAAGAACUAGAUCUGACCAACUGUUGUAUUAAGGAGUUAGCGAACAAUCUUGGUCAGUUAUCCUCACUGAAAAGCUUACUUCUUGGCAGAAACUUCUUUGAGAGCAUUCCAACAAGUAUUGUAGAGCUUUCUAAGUUGUCUUAUCUUGACCUAAGCUAUUGUGAGAGGCUUCAAGUCCUACCAGAGUUUCCACGUAAUUUAAGACAUAUAGAUGCAUACAAUUGCACAGCAUUGGGAGUAUCAUCAAGUUUGUCAAUUUUCUUCGAGAAAUUUUUUUCCGAAAGCUCAAGAAUUAACUUGAGCAAUUGCUUCAGUCUGAAUCAAGACGCCAUCAGUGAAUUUUUUAACGAUAAGCCUCUUCUAGAGAUUUAUGGAAUUGCACGAAACUACAACAGUGGUUGUGUCUGUUUUCCUGGAUCGGAAAUCCCAGAGUUGUUUGUCUUUAAAAGAAUAGAAUCUUUUAUAACUCUGGGAAAACAAGAAAUUCGUGACAUUUGGCCUUCUCUUCUCGUCUGUGUUGUUGUGGAGUUUCGAAACUAUCAUAAUGAAGGCCAGGGUUUGGUGGUCGUCUUCGAGUGCUUGCUCACAAGAGAAGAUGGUACAAUCGAUGUGUUCCAUGGAACUUUAAGGGGAUGGAACCAUGGUAAUGGACCUGACUAUGUGGGCUCAGAUCACGUAUUCCUGGGAUAUGAUUCUGAUUUUAACUUCUCUGGUUCGUACAAUAUUAAUUAUCCCAAAUAUUGUGAGAUGACCAUCCGAUUUUAUGUUGAGAAUUUUACUGAAAGAUCAGGUUGUUGCAACGUGAAAAAGUGUGGAGUUUUGUGUCGAAACGGACUCCGUCCACAGCUGCAUACCGGUUUUUCGACGAUAUAA